AUUAUAUCUGUAGCAUCUGAUUAUUUCAAAGCAAUGCUGGCUCAUAAUAAUGCUGAGACAGCGUCUGGUAAAGUGGAAAUGAAGGAAGUUGAUCCAUUAUCCCUGCAACAAUGCAUAGAAUACAUUUACACUGGUGAAUUGUCUACUACUGAUGAAAAUGCUGAAUCUUUGAUGUUUGUGGCUGAAUUACUACAGUUGAAAGAUGUCUGUGAAGGCAUCGUUGAUUCACUUGAAGAAAAUCUCGAAUCAUCUGCAGAAUCAUUCUUUGUGACAAAAAGAAUCGCAAACCUGCACAAUUACAAAGAAUUGAUGGAAAAAUGCGAGAAGUUCAUGCUGGAUAAAUUUGAAGAAAUUGCGGUUCUUGAUGAGUUCAAGGGAAUAGAGGAAAAGGAGUUUGUUAGAUUGAUCAAGUCACAAGAAAACAAGGCGUCUGAGAGUGUCAAGCUAGAGGCGUUGAUAUCUUGGAUAAAACAUGAGCAAAGAAAUCGCAAAAAACUUCUGAAGAAAUUGAACAACUACAUUGAUUUGCAUAUAGUACCGGUGACUUAUAGAAGAUUCCUUGUUGAAAACGAGCCAAUGGUAAAGUCAUGCCAUGAAUGUUCUCAUGCUUUACUAAUAUCUGUGAUGGACAGCUUGAACGUUGGUGCUUCAAAUGUUCACUCUGCUGCAAAUAUAAAACAAGAAGAAAAGGAGGCAAUUGCAGUGUUUGAUCGUAAUUCAAAGAGCCUGCAAUGCUUUGAUCCUCGGAAUAAUGCUUGGACGAAAAUGCAGAACUUGCCUGGAUCAGGGGAUUAUUUUUCUGCUGUGGCUCUUUAUGACUGCAUUUAUGUUCUCAUGAAAGAUCAAUCUGUUCAUCGACUGAAAUACUCAGAUCAUGUAGCUACUUGGGAGAGAAUGAAAGAUAUGAUGUAUAGUCAUGGGAAUUGUCCUCCUGUUGCUGUUUUGUCUGGAAACCUCUACGUUGUUGGUUUUUUCAAUAGUUACUCAAAAUCAGUUGAAAAGUUCGAUCCAUCAAGCAACAAAUGGGAAAAAGUAAAAGACAAAAAUCUCAACUAUGCAAAUUCAACAGCACUGGGUGCUAGAGGUUGUAUAUACAGCAUUGGUGGAAAGGUAUCAGGUCGUUACACCAACCAAGUAGAAAGAUUUGACCCAACAUCAUCAACUUGGUCAUUUGUUGCAUCCUUGAAUGAAGCAAAGGGAUUGGUCGCAGCUGUUGAAAAUGAAGGAAAAAUAUAUGUUCUAGGUGGAUGGACAAACGAUCACUUGACAACUGUUGAACGAUAUGAUAUUUCAACAAACGUGUGGUCCACGGUAACUCCCAUGUCAACUAAACGUAGCUGGUUCAAAGCUUUUGUUAUUGACUCAAAUAUUUACGCAGUUGGAGGAAGGAACAGUUCACCAGGAAGCAUGGAAAAGUUUGAUUUCAAGAAGAAUCAAUGGGAGAUGAUUGACAUGAAGAACAUGAAUCUGUUAUACUCGAUGCAAUAUGAAUUUCUUACAGGAAACCUCUACGUUGUUGAUUCUUCCGAUAAUUUCUCAAAAUCAGUUGAAAAGUUCGAUCCAUCAAGUAACAAAUGGGAAAAAGUAAAAGACAAAAAUCUCAACAGUGGUUAUUCAACAGCACUGGGUGCUAGAGGUUGUAUAUACAGCAUUGGUGGCUAUAUAUCAGGUCGUUCAACCAACCAAGUAGAAAGAUUUGACCCAACAUCAUCAACUUGGUCAUUUGUUGCAUCCAUUUCACCAGGAAGCAUGGAAAAGUUUGAUUUCAAGAAAGAUCAAUGGGAGAUGAUUGACAUGAAGAACAUGAAUCUGUUUAUACUCGAUGCAGUGAAGAUUAAUUUGAAGUGA